AUGUCCCCUACCCCUCCGUCCACCUCUUGGCCUAUCCCUAAACUCACUUAUCGCAUCGCAGAGGGCGACACAGAGCAUCCAGGCGUCGAGAUAUUCCUGAAUGCCAUCAAACCUGAGGAAGCUUUGCUCAAAGCCGUGGUUGCCAACUUUGAGGCUCUGUACACGCGAGAGAUGCUUCCAAAUCACAUCGAAGAGAUAACAUUGGUUUUGGAAUCGAUUCCCGGGGUUGCGUACUUGGGCGACGUAAUGCCUUCCAGCUCAAAGCAGCAGAUCCACUACAGCCUUCAGUAUGUGCAGCAGACUGCAGAUCGCGCUGCAGAUGAGAUUAUCGGCGUCCUUGUGUUCGAGAUCUUCCACGUCUACAAUCGCAUUACAAACACUACGUGUCCAAGUGGAUUCAUUGACGGCCUGGCAGAUUAUGUCCGUCUGAAAGCGGGUUACGCCCCUCCUCACUGGGACAAGCAACCUAGAGAUGACUGGGAGGCUGGUAACGAAAGCACAGCAUACUUCCUCGACUGGAUAGAGAAGCGCCCGAACGGGACAGGCACGAUCCACAAACUAUACGAAUACGCCUUACAGCUGAACGACCAGGAGUUCAACGAAAAUAUAUUUGAGAUGCUUACAGGAGAAACUGUCGAUAUGCUUUGGGAACAAUACUGUGAUUCCGUGAACGGCACGGAUAACACCACGACCCUAGGAGACUUGUCACAAUGGCCGAUACCGAAGUUCAACUUACGGAUUGAAGAUCUUGACCAUGAAGGAGCAGAUAUAUUCCUCGGUGCCGUGAAACCGAAAGAGGCCUUGCGCGAGGCGGUUAUGGCAAGCUUUAACCACCUGUAUACACUCCAAACUGUCCCAAGAAAUGUUAAGACCAUCACUCUAGUGCUUCGAUCAAUGGGCGGUGUAGCGCACACAACAGGAGGGAUGUCCCACAAAGAAAUUCACUAUUCCCUGGAAUACGUCAAGGUAAAGGCGGAUGUCGCCCGCGAAGAAAUCAUGGGGGUACUCGUUCAUGAAGUUGUGCAUUGUUACCAGCAUACUGCCCAUGGGACGUGUCCUGGAGGGCUCAUUGAGGGAAUAGCUGACUACGUUCGCCUGCGUGACGGCCGUGCACCAGCUCAUUGGCGGCAGAGCUCAAACGGCUGCUGGGACGCGGGAUAUGACACGACAGGCUAUUUCCUUGACUGGAUCGAAAGCAACCACGAAAGCGCCACCAUCUCGAAACUAAAUGCCCUCAUGAAGAGCUGCAAGUACAAUGAAGAAAUUUUGUUCAAGGAGGUCACUUGGAAAUCUGUCAAUGAUCUUUGGUCCCAGUAUGGUGACUUCUUGAAAGCAAAGGAACAGAAGGCCGAGCCAAUGUCUGUUGGGCAGUAG